ACUGGAUCUAUUCUGUUCCGCAGGUUCCACUCUGAACGUACCGUUCUACUGGAUCUAUUCUGUUCCGCAGGUUCCACUCUGAACGUACCGUUCAGGCAGUUCCAUUAAAUGUUGCCGGUUCCGUACCGACGGCUCCGUUCCGACCACCGCGUCGGAUCCGCGUUGCAAGACAUCGGCUCCAUCUCCCACCCCGGACGUCCAGCCUGUAACCGGCCCCCGCUGACACUGCCUCCCCCCCCCUCCCGUGUCCCCCCCCCCCCGUGUCCCCCCAGGGCCACCAAGGCCUUCCAGGAGGUGCUCUACAUCGAGCCGGGCUUCCGGCGCGCCAAUGAGGUCCACCUGCGGCUCGCUUUGAUGUUCAAGCUCAACACCGACUACGAGAGCAGCCUCAAGCAUUUCCAGCUGGCGCUCAUCGACUCCAGCCCGUGCUCGCUCUCCAAAGCCGAGAUUCGUUUCCACAUCGCUCACUUACAUGAAAUUCAGCACAAGUACCGUGCAGCCAAGGAGGCGUAUGAGCACCUCCUGCAGACGGACAACCUCCCAGCCACGGUCAAGGCAAGCGCACUACGGCAACUGGGCUGGAUGCAUCACACAGCCGAGCAGCUGGGAGAGAAAUCUCAGCGCGAGUCCUGCGCUAUCCAGUGCCUGCAGAAGUCGCUGGAAGUCGACCCCAACUCAGGCCAGUCCUGGUACUACCUGGGCAGGUGCUUCUCCAGUAUUGGCAAGGUGCACGAUGCGUUUGUGUCGUACCGCCAGUCGAUAGACAAGUCGGAGGCAAGCGCUGACACAUGGUGUUCCAUCGGGGUGCUGUACCAGCAGCAGAACCAGCCGAUGGACGCGCUGCAGGCGUACAUCUGCGCCGUGCAACUGGACCACGGGCACGCGGCGGCCUGGACGGACCUGGGCAUCCUGUACGAGUCGUGCAGCCAGCCGCACGACGCCCUCAAGUGCUACUGCAACGCCGCCAAGAGCAAGGCCUGCACGGACGGGGGCGCCCUCGGACAGCGCAUCAAACACCUGCAGAGCCAGCUGUGCAGCCUGCCCCCCGGCGUGCUCGCCAGCAAGCCCAAGAUGCUGCCCAGCAUCGAGGAGGCGUGGAGCCUCCCCAUCCCCGCGGAGCUCACGUCACGUCAGGGGUCAGCCUCCAGCACGCCGCAGCAGAAACAAAGGUCCCCCGUGUAG